CCCCGGCCUUGGGUUACCGUAGCAUCGCAAAUCGUCACAUUCUUCCGAAUCCGUCGUCCUUUCUGUCUCGUCAUCGUUGCUUUAGACAAUUCGAAUACCCAACAAAACCCGACAGCAAAGAAUAAAACAGCCAAUCUCAGCAAGAAAAGAGCAGCGAAUAUUUGAAUACUUGUGAUACCCCAAAACAACACGCCGCCCGCCAGCCACAAUGCCUUCCACCACCCUAGACCAGAGUCUCUUUGACUCAAUCCCAGACUCUAUCGAGGCUUUCCGUAGAGGCGAGUUCCUCGUCGUGCUCGACGACCCCUCGCGCGAAAACGAAGCCGACCUCAUCAUCGCCGCCGAAGCCAUCACCACCGAGCAGAUGGCCUGGAUGGUGCGCCACUCCUCCGGCUACAUCUGCGCGCCCAUCACACACGCCCGCGCCGACGCCCUCGGCCUGCCGCCCAUGGUCCAGCACAGCCAAGACCCCCGCGGCACCGCCUACACAGUCUCCGUCGACGCCGCUGACCCCUCCGUCACCACCGGCAUCAGCGCCCACGACCGCGCCCUCGUCUGCCGCGUCCUCGCCGACCCUGCCUCCUCGGCCGCGAGCCUGCGCCGGCCCGGCCAUGUUCUGCCGCUGCGCUCGGCGCCCGGCGGCGUGCGCGCCCGCAACGGCCAUACCGAGGCUGCCACCGAGUUCUGUCGCCUGGCCGGCAAGCCCGAGGCCGGCGUCAUCUGCGAGAUUGUUGACGAUGGCGAGGUGGUUCCUGGACAGGCGGUGCACAACAACCCCGGCAUGCUGAGGGGCGAGGCUUGCAUUGCUUUUGCCAGAAAAUGGGGCCUCAAGGUCUGCACUAUUGCUGACCUGGUGGCCUAUGUCGAGAAGACUGAGGGCAAGCUUCCAGUUAAUGGAUCAAAUUGAGAUUCUUCGAACCCUAACUCAUUACGAUGAAGGAGUUGGAAUGAGCAUGGAAUUGGAAACGAAAACGAAACACAAAAUAACAAAAAAAAAAUAAACCAAGGGAUUAUAAUAAAGGAAAGAAAAAAAAACAUCAAGAAGGAUAAUGCAUAAUGGGGGGAUUUCUUCAAUUUAUGCGUCGACGGUGGGCAGGGCUGCUUAACAAUCUCACACACGCGCACUUACACACUCUCCUACUCCCAUCUACUUUACCUGUAUUCCACCAGUUUCAUAUUUCUGCCACCUAUUUGUAUCUAUGUAUGCGUACCUUAUGUAUGUCUUGACGGGUUAUCUUUGGUCAUCUACGAUUAGAAUUAGCCAUUUCUGCGGCGUUGUUUACAUACCAACAUAAAUGUAUAGCCUGUUCUGGAUACUGAAAAAGAAAAAGAAAAAAGACAAUUCCACUUUUUA